AUGGGGAGCCAGGGGCCCCAUGGGCUGUCCCUGGUACAGGCCCCCUAUACAGUUCUGCUGCUGCCACUGGAGACAAGCCGCCAAGAUCCAGGGGCCCGGAGCUUCUUCCUCUGGCUGCAGAGGAUGCAGGCUCUGGAGAGGGAGCAAGACGCCCUGUGGCAGGGGCUGGAGCUGCUGGAGCACGGCCAGGCCUGGUUUGAGGGCCGUCUGAGGGAGGCACAGCAACAACAGCUGCAUCUGGGGGCUCUUGGUGAGAAUUUUCUAACAGAUUUACCCUCAGAGCCUGGUGGCCCCCAGUUAGCCCAGAUUCAAAAUAUGAACACCUGUUUGCAGAAUCUGAUUCAGGAGAAGUUCUCCCCACAUCCCUUGAAUCAGGCUAGUUCCUGUGCCACCCAGGACUGGAAGGGAAGGCCGAGGAAGCAGACCCUGUGGCAGCAGCAGCUGUCAAGGCAGCAGAAAGGAGGCAUUCAGACAAAAGGGAAGACCGCUCAGCUGGGAUGCCCCAGUAUGCGGAGGGGCCCAACCCGUGUGUGAAGCCUCCUCUCAGUUUCCUCAGUUGGUGACAGGGAGGCUGAGUCAGAACCCCCAGUCUCCUUAUUUUGCCUCUUGACUUAAUAGAUAAAUGGCUCCAGGUGGUGGGCCAACUGAAGUCCAAA